UCAUGGGGCCCCCGGGCAAUAGGGGAUCAUGGGGCCCCUGUGUCUUUGCCCAAACUCAAAAAAGCCUAUGAAAAAAGUACCAGGGGCAUCUCAUGGGGCCCCCUACUGACCCCGGGCCCUCGGGCAGUGCCCGAGUUUCCAAAUGGUCAGUCGGCCCCUGGGUGUAGGCCCUUGGGCAGUGCCCAAGUUUCCAAAUGGUCAGUCCAUCACUGGGUCAUACACAGAGUAGCAGCAGACAGAGCAAGGUCAGGAGCAAGCCAGGAUCAUACACAGAGCAGCAGCCAUGAACAAGGU